GUACUAGUAUACUAAUCGCUCACUGUCCUUUUAUUCUCCGCGUUGCUUCCAUGUCUCUUCCUAUCUCACUACCAAUCUUGAAAUCGGAGAUAUCACUUUGAGAAUGGGGUCAGAGGGAAACAUGAAGAACUCGGUUGUGACACAAGUAAGCAUUGGUGGGUUUUGGGAGGCAACAACUGCAAAAGAGCUUACAGAUUACCUUGAAGAAGAAGUAGGACUCGUUUGGCGAUGCAGAUUAAAAACUUCUUGGACUCCUCCUGGGUCUUAUCCUGAUUUCGAGAUCACAGACACUUCAAACAUCCCCACAUUUGAUGGCUACAAGAGAGUGGAGCCUCAUGCGUUUGUCCAUUUCGCGGUUCCUGAGUCUGCAGGUCGUGCAAUGGAUGCUGCGGGGCAGUCCAAGCUCAUCCUCGAUGGCCAGCCUUUGAAAGUCAGCUUGGGGCCUAAGAACCCAUACACACUUAACCAGAGAAGAAGAACGACAACACCUUAUAAGCUGACUGGUGUUUCGAUUGAGAUUGGGACCUUGAUUGCCCGGGAUGAGUUUCUUGUCUCUUGGAGAGCUGAAGGGGUUGAUUUCCUCGUAGACCCUUUCGACAACACCUGCAGAUUUUGCUUCACAAAGAGCACUGCCUUCUCUUUGAAGGACACAAUGAUAUAUGCUGUGAUCAACUGUGAUUAUAAGUUGGAGUUAUUGGUGAGAGACAUACGAACACUCAGGCAGUAUAGAACUCUGGAUGGCUAUGUGCUACUCUUGCAGCUGGCUUCAUCACCCCGUGUCUGGUACAGAACAGCGGAUGAUGAUAUAUAUGAAACUGUCCCUGUCGAUCUCUUGGAUGAUGAUGACCCUUGGAUCCGUACCACUGAUUUUACCCAAGCUGGAGCAAUUGGCCAAUGCCUUUCAUAUCGAGUGCUCAUCUCUCCUCGGUAUGAGAAGAAAAUGAAUACUGCAUUGGACUAUCUAAGGGCGCGGAGAGUGCAAGAGGAACGUGUGAGGUGGCCUCCCAGGAUUCGUGAUGAGCCCUGUUUUGGGGAGCCUAUUACAGAUCAUUUCUUCUGCAUUCACCACAGGGAAGGAAUCUCCUUUGAGAUCAUGUUCCUAGUAAAUGCGGUGCUGCACAGAGGGGUUUUUAACCAAUUUCACUUGACUGAGCGCUUCUUUGAUCUUCUUAGAAACCAACCCAAGGAUGUCAAUAUUGCUUCUCUCAAGCAUCUCUGUACCUAUAAACGGCCUGUUUUUGAUGCGUACAAGAGGCUGAAGCUUGUUCAGGAAUGGAUUCAGAAAAAUCCAAAGCUUUUAGGGAGUCAUGUACAGUUGGAUGAUAUCUCUGAGAUCAGAAGGCUAGCGAUUACUCCAACCAGAGCUUAUUGCCUACCCCCAGAAGUUGAACUCUCCAACAGGGUACUCAGGAAAUACAAAGCAUUGUCUGAUAGAUUUUUGCGCGUAACUUUCAUGGACGAAAGCAUGCAGACCAUGAACUCAAAUGUUCUUUCUUACUUUGUUGCUCCGAUUGUGAAGGACCUUACAUCAAGCUCUUUCUCUCAGAAGACCCACGUUUUCAAAAGAGUCAAGACCAUAUUAACCGAUGGGUUUAAACUAUGUGGUAGAAGAUACAGUUUUCUAGCAUUCUCGGCCAAUCAGCUCAGAGACCGCUCUGCAUGGUUUUUCGCUGAAGACGGGAAAACAAGAGUGUCGGAUAUAAAGACAUGGAUGGGGAAGUUCAAAGACAAGAAUGUGGCAAAAUGCGCUGCUAGGAUGGGCCUGUGCUUCUCCUCCACAUACGCCACUGUAGAUGUCAUGCCUCACGAGGUUGACACCGAGCUUCCAGAAAUAGAGAGAAAUGGGUAUACUUUCUCUGAUGGAAUUGGUACAAUCACACCUGACCUCGCUUUAGAAAUAAUGGAGAAACUUAAGUUGGAUUCGCACUGCAGCCCUUGUGCUUACCAGAUACGUUACGCCGGUUUCAAAGGAGUUGUUGCUCGUUGGCCAUCAAAAGAUGAUGGGAUCCGGUUAGCCCUUCGACACAGUAUGGAUAAGUUCCACUCUAAGCAUACAAUCUUGGAGAUCUGUUCAUGGACCAGGUUUCAACCUGGGUUCUUAAACCGGCAGAUAAUUACCCUACUGUCUGUGCUUGGUGUUCCAGACGAAAUAUUCUGGGAUAUGCAGGAAACUAUGCUCUGUAAACUGAACCGCAUCCUUGAUGACACCGAUGUCGCAUUUGAAGUUCUUACAGCAUCAUGUGCUGAACAGGGAAACACUGCAGCUAUCAUGCUAAGUGCAGGAUUCAAACCAAAGACUGAGCCACAUCUACGAGGAAUGCUGUCUUCAGUCAGGAUUGCACAACUCUGGGGUCUCAGAGAAAAAUCUCGUAUUUUUGUUACGUCAGGAAGGUGGCUAAUGGGUUGCUUAGACGAAGCAGGGGUACUUGAACAGGGCCAGUGCUUUAUCCAAGUCUCAAAACCGUCUAUAGAAAAUUGUUUCUCCAAACAUGGGUCUCGUUUUAAGGAGACGAAGACAGAUCUGCAAGUAGUGAAAGGUUAUGUAGCCAUUGCUAAGAAUCCUUGUCUUCACCCAGGGGAUGUAAGGAUUCUAGAAGCUGUUGAUGUACCCGAGCUGCAUCACAUGUAUGACUGCCUACUUUUUCCUCAGAAAGGCGAGAGGCCACAUACAAACGAAGCUUCUGGCAGUGACCUUGAUGGCGACCUGUACUUUGUGGCUUGGGAUCAGAGACUCAUCCCUCCCAGCAGAACAAGCUUUCUCGCCAUGCAAUAUACUGCAGCUGAAGAAUCGAGUAAGGGCCGUCCUGUCAACCACCAGGACAUAAUAGAGUUCUUUGUCAAAAACAUGGCGAAUGAGCAUUUGGGUACAAUAUGCAAUGCACACGUCGUUCAUGCUGAUAGAAGUGAGUAUGGAGCCAUGGACGAAGAGUGUUUGCUACUGGCGGAACUAGCUGCCACAGCAGUCGAUUUCCCAAAGACAGGGAAGCUGGUGACAAUGCCUUUCCACCUGAAACCGAAACUCUACCCUGAUUUCAUGGGAAAAGAAGAGUACCAGACUUACAGGUCGAAGAAGAUCUUGGGUCGGCUUUACAGACGUGUAAAAGAGGUUUACGACGAAGAUGCAGAAGCUUCCUCCGAAGUAAACUCAGACCCGAGUGACAUCCCUUAUGACACUGAUCUCGAGGUACCAGGAUUUGAAGAUUUCGUCCCUCAGGCAUGGGGUCACAAAUGUAGCUAUGACGGGCAGCUAAUUGGUCUUCUCGGGCAAUACAAGGUGCAAAAAGAGGAAGAGAUUGUGACGGGUCACAUCUGGUCCAUGCCUAAAUACACAAGUAGCAAACAAGGCGAGCUGAAAGAAAGACUGAAGCAUUCUUAUAACUCCCUGAAGAAAGAGCUGAGGAAAGUAUUCGAGGAAACAAAACCGGAGCACGAGAGUCUCAGCGAAGAAGAAAAGAACGUCAUGUAUGAGAAAAAGGCUUCAGCUUGGUAUCAUGUCACUUACCAUCCCGAGUGGGUGAAGAAGUCUACAGAGCUGCAAGAACCUGGCGAGUCGUCUGGUCAUGCGGUGAUGCUGAGCUUUGCUUGGAUUGCAGCUGAUUAUCUUGCGAGAAUUAAAGUCCGGUCAGGGGAAAUGGGAAUGAAAAUGGACUCGGCCAAACCUGUUGAUGCUUUGGCUAAGUAUCUUUCUCAACGUCUCUAAAAGUUAACGUUCGGAGCCGUAAGGCCACUCUGCCAUGUAUCUGCGGGAAACAGAUACACUUCAAUGUUUGUUAUAUAACUAGUUUUGGAUGUGCUUUGUGUUCUUGUGAAAACUGUCUCUCUAUGUGAUUGGAGAAACAAACUGCUUGCCGUUUACCAUCUAAACUGGCUUUGCUUGUGGUUAUGUAUUUUACUGAUUUUAUGUUGUGGACCGAAAUUGGCUUCGGGUUUGGUUAAACAAUAUGCUCUUUUCAGCUU